AUGCAGCCAACAAUGACAUACGAAAAGCACGCGCUGCUUCCCGAGGUCGCCACUCAGGCCUCGGCCCGUGCUGGCGCAGGCUUGUCCUGGAAGGCCAAGCUGGCUUUGGCCGCCCUCGGCGCUCUGGGCUGGUUUCGCCUCGACGCUCGCCUGGAGCAGGGCCGGAUCAUCAAGCACGGCCACCACCACAACUCUGACUGGGGCUCCUUCCCGCACACCGACGAUCCGUUCCACUUUCUCCCGUGCACCAAUGCCACUGUCCCACCGGGCCUGGACGAGGCGCAUCCGCUCGAGGCAUGGAUGCGGCUGUACGAUCCCAACCCGCAACACUGGUCGCGCGGCAACGGUAGUCGGUCGCUGUACCUGUGUGGAUGGCUGGAUGUGCCGCUCGACUACACCAACACCUCGGACAAGCGCGUGGCACGGCUGGCGGUGACCAAGCUGCAACAUGCGCCCGAGCGGUCCAAGCGCACGAUGAUCGUCGAACCGGGCGGACCGGGAGGAUCGGGAACGAGUCUGGUGUGGCGCAAAGCCGAGCUGUUUGCGCAAAAGUACACCGACGAUACGUUUGAUGUGCUUGGGUGGGAUCCGCGCGGAGUCAAUGUCUCGCAGCCCUCGAUUUCGUGCUUCCCCUACGACGCCGAUCGCGAUCGAUGGAACCUGCUCACCACGCGCUUUCACCGCGAAAGCGAGCCGCGCGAGGCAAUGCUCAAGGCCGACGCCAUGAACCAAGCGAUCUUGGAGGCGUGCAAACGCGAGUAUGGAGACGUAGCGGGCAUGCUCACCACCGCAUUCGUGGCGAGGGAUUUGGACGAAAUCAGAAAGGCGCUCGGAGAGGAGGUUGUCAACGGAUACUUUAUCAGCUACGGUACUGGGAUUGGACAGACGUAUGUCAACAUGUUUCCGCAUGCAGUGGGAAGGCUGAUGCUCGAUGGCACCGAGUACGUGCGCGACCAGCGUCUGAUCGGUGGAUUUGGAUGGGCGGCGCUCGACAACAUCACCGCCGCCUUCCACGAUGGCUUCCUCGGCGAGUGUGUCGAUGCGGGUCCAGACCACUGCAAGUUGGCCCAACCGCUGCCUGGAUCCACCUCGCUACCAACCAAGAGCGACCUGAUCAAGGCGAUGGAUGGGUUGUUUGGUCGGCUGGUGGAGCGGCCCAUUCCAGCGCAUACAGAGGAGUCGGGACCGAUGAUCAUCAGCUACACGCAGCUCGUCUCGCUCAUCUACGGUGCGCUGUACAAUCCGUUGGGAUGGGACGCCCUAGCUGCUGCAAUGCACGAUCUGCUGCAGGGGAACACGAGCAUGGUCGCGCGAAUGGUGGAUUCGUGGGAAUACAACCCUGCGCUGCCGGUAGCCAAGCAUUCGUCCGACGAGCUCGGCAUGCUGGUCAUCUGCUCGGACCAGUACGACAGCCCGCUUCCGCCCGACUACGACGUCGAAACCAACGGCGAGGGUUGGUACCUGGAUCUGUGGAAGAGCAUGGUGGAGCAGUCCGAGAUCGGAGGCAAUGGACGAUUCCUCGACGUCCUGCCGUGUCGACACUGGAAUGCGACGUUCGGUGCGCCCAAAGAGGUGUAUCGCGGUGAUCUUGACCACGAUCUCUCGCACCCGGUACUGUUGAUCGCCGAGGCGUACGAUCCAGCCACGCCACUGCGCAAUGGUCGGAGGUUGUUGCGCGAGAUGGGCAAGAAUGCGCGCUUGAUCGCGCAUCACGGUUACGGACACUCGUCGAGGGAUACCAGCACCUGCACCGACACCAUCAUGCGCGAGUACAUGCUCCACGGCACUGUGCCCGAAGAGCAAGAAACCCAGUGCAAGGCCGAUGCCAAGCCGUACCGAUACACCGAGGCCAAGUCGAGCGCUCAGCUGGUGGAAGAGUGGAAGAUCAGCAUGGCCGAGACCCAGAUGCUGCGUGGCAAAACCUCCCGCAGACGCCGAGUGUAG